AUGGCUACUGUCGAAAGUGAGUGUUUUGAAGUUCUUAACUGUCUUUUAAAGGCUGUUCAAGCCAACGAGGAUUCUAGUUCUUUUGAGAACUCUUGCACGGAUCCUCUGCGCAUUCCUAGUGGUAAAAGUGAAGAGUCGAAAGAACUUCGAAAGAAGUGGAUUAAUCUCAUUUCACGCAGGGAUUUCUCUCCUACAAUUGGUCAUAGAAUUUGUUCGUUGCAUUUUCCUGGGGGACGUAAAACCUAUUUAAACAACCUUCCUACGAUUGUUCCCAAAGCAACCAGACCUACACCAACGAAACCUCGUUCAACGGUAAAGGCAAAAAAUCGGACUCUUGUAUCAUGUACAAAAUCUGUACCUGCUAAACGCAGACCUUUUUCAGAACUUGAUGAUAACAAUAAUUCAUCACGCUCAAUAGAAGAACCAGAUAAAAUGGCUACACCUGUAAAUGAGAAUAUUGAUCCUAUUGCUUGUUUACAAGAACAAACGGAAAAACUUUUAGCAACUAAUGAGAAACUUAAGGAGGAGAAUGGAAGACUUAAAAAUGAAAAUAAAUGUCAAAAAGAUGAGAUAAGAGGAUUAACGGAGCAACUGGAACAAGAGAGGAAAAGAAUACGUUUUUCAAUUGAAUGUUUUAAGGACAAUGACAUUCUCAUUAGGUUUUAUACGGGGCUGGAAGACUACAAAACCUUCAAAACAUUGUUUGAUUCAUUUGGACCGGCAGUGAAUAAUCUGGUGUAUUAUGGUACCAAGACUGAUUUGGAAAGGUUAAGCUCUGAAGAUGUAAUUAAACGUGGACCUAAAAGAACAAAUUCACCUGAACAGGAAUUUUUCCUUGUGUUGGCUCGCUUGCGAUUGGGGCUUUUAGAAGAAGAUAUAGCGACCAGAGCUGGGUUGUCUCAAUCACAUAUGUCAAGAAUAUUUAUUACUUGGGUUGACUUCUUGCAUUCAAGGUUACGUAGCUUUCCAAUUUGGCCAUCCAGAAAAGCAGUUGAUAAUUCAAUGCCAGCUUCAUUUAGAGAUAUGUAUCCUUCGACACGAGUUAUUAUUGAUUGCACAGAAAUAUUUAUUGAAAAACCAAAUUCUUUUAGAAGUCAAAGUGCAACAUUCUCCACUUACAAAAGCCACAACACUGCCAAGGGUUUAGUUGGCAUAAGCCCAUCAGGAGCUGUCACUUUUGUAUCGGAUUUGUAUGCAGGAAGAUCAAGUGAUCAACAAAUUACUAUUGAUUGUGGAAUUCUGAACUUGGUAGAAAAUGGAGACUCAAUUAUGGCUGAUAGAGGAUUUGAUAUUGAGCACAAUUUACCAGAUGGAGUGUCACUAAAUAUACCACCAUUCAUGCGUGAGAAAGAGCACUUGUCAAUUGAAGAGGAAACCAAGACUCGAAGAAUAGCUUCUGUUAGGAUCCAUGUGGAGCGGGCAAUUGCCAGAAUAAAGAAUUUUAAAAUUUUAAGUACAGUCUUUCCAAUUUCCAUGGCAGCAAAUUUAAACAAAAUUUGGGUGAUUUGUUGUUACCUUUCUAACUUUUUACCACCACUACUUGUAGAAAAUAACAAGCUGGACUAG